CACAAAUCCAUAGCCAGUGGUUAUGCUGUAGACCCACGUAUAUGAGUUUGUGCGUACAUAAUCCAUUUCUCAAGCUCAUUCAGUCAUUUUAUCGAACACCUUUCGGGAAAAAAUAAUUUAUCAGACAACAAGAAACCAAACACGCGCCACGUGUCCCAAAAUCAAAAUUCAGUUACACGUGUCCACGCCACGUUAUCCUGCCGCCAUUACUAACCUCCUCUCCAAGCUCUAGCUCUUAAGCUUCUUUCAAAACCCUAAAUUUUCAAGAAAACACACACACACACACUAUGUUUCAAUUAACAAGAAAAAGCCUACAGUUCAGCAAACCCGCCAAGCAAAGCUACCUAAAAUCAAUCAAGAACAACUAUUCACAAAAAUCCCAUCUUAAAGAUGUCGGCCCAAUGGCCUCCCAUCUCAAGACCCGGUCCGUGAUCCGGAUCCGAGGACCCGAUUCGGUGAAGUUCCUACAGGGUUUAGUAACAAACGAUGUAAGAAGAUUUGGCGAAGCUAUUGGAGAGAAGACAUCGAAUGUACCUACGCCUAAUUUGUCGUCUGUUUCGAUUCCGCCCAUGUACGCAGCAAUGUUGACACCUCAGGGAAGGUUUUUGUAUGAUAUGUUUUUAUAUAGACCUUCUUGGCCUGUUGAGAAGCUUGAUCAAUCCGGGUCUGGACCCGGCCCGAACCCGGAUGAGCUUGAGUUGUUUGCUGAUGUUGAUGGGUCUGUGGUGGAUGAGCUAUUGGGUACCUUAAAGAAAUAUCGAUUGAGGUCUAAGGUUGAGAUUGAGAGUGCUGGAAAGGAAUUCUUAUGUUGGCAACGUUUUGGUGGGAACCUAGAUGAGGACUUUUGUACAGAUGACCCAGAAGCUUCUGGAAUAGGCUACGGUGGUGCAGUUGAUCGUUUAGGUGGCUCAACUGCAGAAGGAGGUAAACAUGGGUGGCAAUGGUAUAAGGAUCCCAGAUUAGAUUGCCUCGGAUUCAGGGGCAUCUUUCCAGCCGAUACUACACCACCUUUGGUGGAGGCUGACAAGGAAACUGAUGAACAAAAUUACCUACUCUGGAGAUUGGAGAAGGGAGUUGCGGAAGGCUCGAUUGAGAUGCCAAAAGGUGAAGCUAUCCCACUUGAGUACAAUUUCGCUGGUUUGAAUGCCAUAAGCUUUGACAAGGGAUGUUACGUUGGUCAGGAACUCAUUGCACGCUCCCAUCAUCGUGGAGUUGUUAGGAAGCGCUUGAUUCCUUUAAGGUUUCUUGAUGACAGUGGAAAAGAGUUGGAACAAGAAGUUGCUCCUAGAUCAGAAGUUUUGGUUGCUGCUUCAGGUAAAAAGGCCGGGACUGUUACUACUGCACUUGGGUCUCGUGGGCUUGGACUUUUGCGCCUAGAAGAAGCUUUUAAAAGCCCAGAAACCUUGGUGAUUAAAGGACAUGAAGGUGUGAAAGUUGAGACUAGAAGACCAGAUUGGUGGCCCUCAGAAUGGUCUGUAGAUAAUCAACAGGAUAGGGCAGCUGCGUAGAUGUUUGUUUGUUCCAUCUAAUUUCAACUCUAAUUGCUGUUAGAAACUCCACUUGUGCACUUAAAAAGUCGAAGACCGACUCCACUUUUAAGAAGAAUAAAGAUCAACCAGAGAGAUGGUUUUGAUGUAUGCAAUGUAAUUUUAUUUGUAAAAUAACCUUUUGAUUUUUGGAAGUUUGGUAGGGAUGCAAACCUGUAAAUGUGCACCGUACUUGCGAAUCUCGAAGCAGUAGAAUCUAGAGUUAAAUGAAUUGAAGUUGAAGCCUUUGUUUUUAAGGUCAAAAUUAUGAAGGAUUUCAAUUUGAUUUGUGAAUGUUUACAUGAUAAAUGAAGAAUAAGAUUUUGCUCA